CCCCGUGAGAUCGUGCGACAUUCCCUGCAGUAUCUCCACGAACCCUGAUAGAAGCUGCACCAGGCCUGCGUGCUGGACCACUGCCAGCCAGCGUAUACCGCGCCAGACGCCUAGUAUGUUAUUCAGGAUAUAUAUACGGCUCAACGACACGGAUCCCCUCCCAGGGACGCUAGUUCAUCGUCUCCUCACGGGAAAAGCUGUUCAUAUACAAUCUGUGCCUCCAAUUCGUGCCCCUUUGACUUGACCCAGUACCUAGCCAAAGCAACCUGAGCCAAUAUAACCAUAUUGAAUUUAUCAUGGAUCGCAUUCGUAACGGCCGUAUCGUCAAGGACAACGGCCUCAUAGCCUGUCAACAAUGUGCCACGGCAAAAGCGGGGUGUAACAAAGAUCCUGAACAAUGCUCAAGAUGCAAAGCAAAAGGAUACGUGUGUCAGGUGCGACUAAGAAACGUUCGCGGGAACGGGUCGAAGAAAACUACAAUCAACGAUAAGGCCGCCAAAGCUCGCUAUAAUUGCGAGGCCACUAAGUCUCGCUUUCACGAGACCUCACAUAUUCCUCGCCACGUUUCUACUCCAUUUCCCACUUCCUCGCCGUCGAGCAACUAUAACUCGACACCUAUGCACGAUUCACCACAACUGGCCUGGACUGGACAAUACUCACAACAGAGUGACGCUCAGAUAGGCUCAUUGGGUAUGAGACAGGAAUAUGGAUAUCAAGUUGGGACUUUUGACGUCGGUCGCGAGCCCGAGCCCUAUCCAUCAAAUCAGCAAGACUUAGCAUCCUCAUGGAUUUCACAGGGUUCCUGGCCCAUGGAAAGCUCUCCCACCACUCCAUCGGACGCGUUCCCGGCCUACUAUAACUAUGGCUUGCAGCACACGCCUGUCACAAUGAACGUAAGACUCGAGGGGCAAGGACAACCUGGAGUCUACGAUGAAGCCCUGAGAGCACAAGGCGGGAUAUACGAGGGUCACAAUACUUCACCACCACCUGAUUAUACUAUGGAAUACGGGAACAACCAAAAUAUACAGAUGAAUGGAGCGUACCAAGAUCUCACUGGCUUCGAUCAGGGUCAAUGCGGAACCUACAUAGAACUUGAUACUCCUCUCUUUGAUACGCAUACCCUCGGAAGUACUCCUCUGUCCACCUCGUCGUCAUUUGGGACCACUUUUGCUGGAACUACAGCAUCACCGGGAUCCACCCCUGAAUUGUACCAUCCGCAUAACUUCUUCGACCAAAAUUGGCAACAUCCUUCUACUGUAUACAGUCAGUUUCCCACACCAUUGUCAUCGAGUGAAGAAGCCGCGGGCGCUGAUGAUACGCAGAUGUAUCAGCCGAUGGACUCUAUCUCCAGACUAGCGUCAGCAAUGAAAGGUCUUCAUGCAUUACAUGGCCUGGUCCCUAUACCAUCCUGCCGACUGCCUGUGUCCCUACGAAUUGAUGAUCAUAUGCGAUCUCAGUUGACUUGCACGCUCCAGAAGAUGGCGCACACCAUAACAAAUAGAAAGCGUCUGCAAGGUCUCUUCAGCUACGACAAUAGUGGUCUGAUCCUACCCCCGUUGGACGUGCUUUCUCAUCUACUGGACGGAUAUAUGGCCAAUUUUGAAUUGUAUUAUCACAUACAACCUUCGGAAAUCAUCAACACCGGCGAAAACGUUGCAGACGAGAAUGACGCAGCCAGUCUCUUCUUGCUUUGUAUGACCGUCGGUGCACUGGCUUCUAAUGCAUCUAAUGUUGAUACUAUUGGGUUGGUAGAUGGUAUAGUGGAAGCUUGUCGAACAGCGUUGUUCGAGACAAGAAGUACUUAUUCAUGUGACCUUACCCGACUACGAGCCGUGUUCUUGUUUUUGAGCCUGGCAGCCUGGGGAGCAGACAAGCAACAGAGAAAGUACGCACGAGGUCAGCAUGAGAUUUACCUGAACUCUUUGCACAGAACUGGUCGCCUUGGAAAGGGGCAAUUCGAUUAUGCAACGGAGAGUCUCACAGACGUCGAAAGUGCCUACCGUCGCUGGCGAGAGCACGAAAGUAAUAACAGACUGGUGUACUCAUGGAUCGCCCUAGACCAAGAGCUCAACAUGUUCCACGAGAUCCCGACCACCAAUGGUAAACCACCUGGUAUGGGGAUCCACGACAUAAAUGCCGCAUUACCCCUAUCAGACGAGUUCUGGAACGCCACAACACCCGAAGAAUGGGCAACUCAUAUCUCUGGGAGACCGCAUUCAGUUCACAGCUUGCACAGUUUAUACAUACAAUUCAAACGAAAUGGCCUCAGCCAGGAAGGACUCACACCGCUCCAUCUUCGAUUACUCCUCUACCCAUUACAUCAGCAGGUCCAGUCGCUUUUGGAGACCAUCGAUCCGUUGAAAACGCGCCCCAAGUCACUAGGUGAUAACCUCACGUCAUUGCAAGCACAACGUCGCUUCCUCUCACAAUGGUACGACCACGCCCAAAAUCUACUUCAGUCACUCCACCGACAGGAUCUCUGUGAUGCUGUCCACGCAAGCGAAAUCAUGUACCAUUUGAUUACAAUUAAAACCAUCGCCCGGUUUGCGGAUGCUAAGCGGCUUGCUAGCGGUGAAAUACAUGUUGAGCAGUUUAUGCAGACGUUCUGCAUUUUUCCAGAAAAGCUUAUGGCACUAUACUAUCACAGUGGGCAAGUACUGCGGAUCUCGCGUACCAUACAACCUCAGUAUCGACCAUUGUGGCUAUCUGAAGCUGUUUAUCGAGCGGGUUUGGUGUUAUGGGCUGCCAGCAUUUACACCAGCCGCGCCCAAAACCCGAUUAUCAGAACCGCAAUGACUGACGAACCGAUAUAUCUCAAUGUGCUUCGCCCGGGGAGUGCGCAAGCCAGCGCCUACGAAAAAUUCUGGCUCCAUGGAGAAGGUCUUCAGAAGGGAGCUCCGAUGCUCCAAGUGGAUGAUGGCACGUCCUCUAUCACAGUUGAUGACCCAGCCCGUAUCGUGAGUUACUGUGCCAACCUGGUUAGUAGUAGCUGUGGUCCCGGGUCACGGAGAAUUGGGAAAGACUUAAUGGCCUUAGCGGUCAUGCAUUUUUAAGCACUCAUGUUCUGAAGGCAUGCUGACACGCUGGGAUGCAUUGAUGCCAUCUGCAACGUUAUUCUCAUCUGUAAUAUUAUGAUAUCCAACCCUUUCGAAAGAUUAUGGCCAUGGGUAGCGGUCGAAAAUAAUGAGGUAGCAAGAAAGUAAU